AUGGCUCAAGCUGUGAAGAAGAAGCUGGUAGUUUGUGGUGGCAAUGGUUUCUUAGGAAGCCGUAUAUGCAAAGCCGCAGCACAUCGAGGUUGGGCUGUGACCUCGAUUUCACGCUCAGGAGAUCCCAAUUGGUCUUCUAUCUCGUCUUCGCCGAAUGCACCGUCGUGGGCCACUUCUGUCUCGUGGCACCAGGGCGAUAUCCUGAAUCCCUCCACUUAUACGAAACACCUCGAAGGCGCCGAUGCCGUAGUUCACUCAAUGGGUAUAUUAUUGGAGGCCGACUACAAAGGGGUGAUAUCUGGCAAAGAAUCGCCAAUUGCGGGCUUACAACGCGCUUUCAGCACGACAAAGGCAGGGACACAAAAUCCGCUCGAACAAAGGGAAGGUGAAACGCUGCGCCCACAAGAGAAGGACGGACAAUUAACCUACGAAGUUAUGAAUAGGGAUAGUGCUGUAAGUCUAGCGAAGGAAUCAGCCAGUCGGAAUGUGCCAAACUUUGUCUACAUAUCGGCUGCUGCGGGGACACCAAUUCUACCAGCACGUUACAUAACCACGAAGCGCGAAGCAGAAUCGAUAAUCAGUACAACCUUCCCCAAGAUUCGCUCGAUCUUCAUUAGGGCACCUUUCAUGUACGACCGUUCACGGACAUUCACUAUGCCGAUCGCUGCUCUAGGUGGAAUUGCUGCAACGGUCAAUGAUGCGGUGGGAGGACGCUUAACAUGGCUCAUGGGGGCUGGAGGUAUAAAGCCAUUGAAGGCUGAUCAAGUUGGUGAGGCAGUAGUCGAGGCGCUCGAGGAUGAGACUGUGCACGGCCCUGUAGAGGUUAAAGAGAUCGAGACAUUAGCCACACGAGCAUGGCGAAAGAACAUGGUGUAGAACAAGCUGGCUAUAGAGAAAGCGAACAUGCAGCUUUCACUGGGUCAGGGACAGAAUAAUGUGAGAAUAAGUGUGUAUUUAAUUUGACUAUUUAGAUAGCCCGAGAUCCAAACGCAUCUGUGCGGACAGCAUGCAUUCCACAUUACGAAAUGUGGAUGUUCAGGUUUUCAAUGCCUAUCACUGCCCGAGAUUCUACCUUUAAUGUAUGCCCAAACUGGGAAGGAAUACCUCCCUGUCGGAGUGGUGCAACAAUGGCUACGAAUGCGGGCGUUAGUUUGUCAGUCAACAGAGCGGUAUACCAGAUGGCAUACCUAGAAAUGACAUCGACGAACUCGCC